AUGGAGAAAGGAGGAAAAGGGAUCAAAUCUUCAAUCAAGUCCGCUUCCAAAUAUGGAUCCGGAAAGGACGAUAACUCCAAGAACUCAAGGAAAGUCCAGUUUAAGCUUGUCUCGGAAUCUAAUGACCCAGCUCAAGGCUUUUCCGCUAAAGGUGGCAAAAAGAAAGAAUCUCAGCCGCCUGAGCUCAAGAUUGAAAAGGAGCUUCCGGAGAAUGCAAAGUGCUUGAUGGAUUGUGAAGCUUUUGAGAUUUUAGAUAGCGUCAAGGACCAUAUGGCUCUGUUAUCUGAAGAUCCUAGCAUAAAGAUUCCUGUAUCUUUCGACAGAGGACUCGAGUAUCUGAAGUUUGGUCGUUGCUAUACGAAACCUGAGUCUGUCAGACAGAUUCUUGAGCCAUUGAGAAAGCAUGGUGUCUCUCAAGGCGAGAUGUGUAUGAUUGCAAAUGUCUGUCCAGAGAGCAGCGAUGAAGUUUUUGCAUUUGUUCCAUCGAUUAAGGGGAGGAAAGACAAGAUGAGUGAGCCAUUAGAAGAGGCAUUGACGAAGCUAUCAAAGCUCGAAAGAUGUACUUGA